CCUCCUCCUUUUUAUUUUCUUUAUUUUUCUUCCCAACUUUUUCUUUCUUUUUUUUUUCGUUUUUUUCGCUCGUCUCUGUCUUGGACUGUUGGACAGACGAUCUAAAAUGCCGGGACUGCCGUUUCUUCGAGAUGCGAUCGACCAUUGAAUCACCAGAGAUCUCUCUCAGAUCUGGGAAUCUCGAUCAGGGGGCCUAACUAUGAAUUGUGGUUUGGUAACAGAAUGGUGGCUUAAGUUGCAAGAGAAAAAGGUAUUUGUAUAGAAAUUUUUUGAUGGUUCCCAGAUGACCAGAACUGAUGUUAUUGGCAGUAGAAGGAGGAGGUUUCUUCUCUUCUUCAGCUUCUGGAUAUAGCAAGGGCCUGACCCUUCUUCUCUUGGGUCGGAAGAACGAAGAAAGACCCAUGAGAGUUUCGCCGUGGAAUCAGUACCAGUUGGUUGACCAAGAAGCUGACACUGACUUCCAGCUGGCUUCAGGGAAGAACCAGGUUUCCUGCGGAUGCGCUUCCUUUGUCUGCUUUGGUCGCGCUUCCGCAGGACUUGAGUCCCCCUCUCCUCUGAAAGUCGGUCCCACUCAACUGCAGGAUGCUUUAUCAGAGCCUCCUGCUGUUUCUGAUAAGGACGAGGCCUGUAUUGCUAAUCAUGGAGAAGAUAAGGACACAAGGAAAGUCUGUCUCAAGAGUAGCUUGAAGAAGCCUUCCAGUUGUGCCCCAGUACCUAGCAGAGAAAGCAGAGAAAGUGACCUACAUGUGACACCAAUGCCAGAUGAAACUGGUACUGAGUUUCCGGGUUGUACUGAACGGAGGAAAGUGCAGUGGACAGACACAUGUGGAAGAGAGCUUGUUGAGAUCCGGGAAUUUGAACUUAGUGAUGUGGCAUCAGAUGAAGAAUUAGAAGGUGAAAAUGAACGGAGUUGUUCAUGUGUGAUUAUGUAGUUUCAAGUUCAACUUACUAGAGUUUGUGGAGCAACCAGAUGCACCCCCUGUUACGGGCCAAGAGAGCUUGCAAAUGUAAAGGCUAUGUAGGUAUCUGGUGAACUAGCGAUUGUUAACAACCAUUGAUGAAGCUUUUUCACUUCUCAGUUAUACCCAUAGAUGGGCGAACUGGUCCUGGAAGAGGAAGUGAAGCUAAGAAUCCACGCGACCACUGCACGGAUUUCUGUUACAUUUGGUUCAGAUUGUUCAUUUGUUUCUCUUUUCCAUCUUUGGGAUUUCAAUUUUGUUGUCAUCUGGGCUUCUUUGGUUUCCCCCCGACCCCCGUUACUGUUUCCCUUUCUUCAUUUGUAAUACGUAAUACUGGAAUAUACGUGCUUCUACGCUACAUAUAUGUAUGUGAAAUUGUGAAUUUACUGUUUUCAUCGGAAUCAAAAUCCAUACAUUUUUUUUUA